UUGGUUGAAAGCUUCGAAAAGGCUGAUGUUGAAGAUAAGGCUGAAGACAAGACUGAAGACAAGAAGGAGGAAUCUGCUUAAAAAAAUCUCAUAUUUUGAAUGUGAAAAAAAGAGAAAAAAAAAAGAAAUAAAAUAUACUAAUUGACAAACAAUUAAAAUUAUAUUUUGUGAAAUGAACAUGUAAGAAUUACACGAGAUUAUUUAAUAUUAUUAAUGAUGUGGAUAGCUAUUUGUAAAAUAGAUUUAAGAUGGUAAUUGUUGCAUGUCUGAUCAUUUCUCGAAUGGUUUUCCUUUUUUUUUUCUUCAAAAGUAAUUAUAAAUAUCCACUAAUUACUGGGAAAAGAAUAAACAUAAUCUUUGUUUUCUGCUACUUGCUUGUAUAUAAUAGAACAACUAAAAGUGACGAUGACUUUUUUUUUUUGUAAUGAUCUUAUAACUAAUUGUUCACUGUACUAAAUGAAGGGUUAAUUUAAAUUUAUAAUCUUUUUUUUUUAUUAUUCAUUAAAAAGUAAAGCGUGUUUUCCCAAGAAUAACAAAGUAGAAAAAAAAAAGGG